CAGCUGCAGACUGGCAAGUUCCCACUGUACAUGUAGAAACCUAGCUCUGCCACAGAUAAAUUCCAGUCCUCCUGGAGGGAAUCAUUGCACCCCAAGGAUUAAACAUGAUCUCUCUGGUUGGUCUUUGCUUCUGCUUUUCUCUUGUUUUGGGAAAUCAGGAAUCUGAGAGUAACCUGUAUGAGUUUACCAUAACAAAUGGCAUUGCAGAAAAAGUUGGAUCCCGGUUUCCAAGGCAAGUUCCAUAUGCAGCAAGGAGGGAAAUCAGGCCCUUGGUCACUGACUUCAUUGUGAAAUCCACCAUUUUGUCACGCUAUGCCUUCACUGCUGUGUCCUGCACCAUGGUAAAUAGGGCUGUAGAAGCAAAAGAAGUCGUAUUCCAGAUGCAGAUCCCAGCCACUGCCUUUGUCUCCAACUUCAGCAUGAUUAUUGGAGGCAGGACUUAUCACAGCGAAGUCACAUGGAGGAAAAAGACUGGAGAAAACAAUAUACAGGAAUAUGAUAAAGUUAUUGGUGACAGAGGGGAGAAUGAAAUGGAAACAUUUAAUGCAUCUGCCAUCAUCCCUGGUCGAAAUAAAGCAGUUUUUCUGCUGAAGUAUGAGGAACUGUUGCAAAGACGCCUGGGAGUGUAUGAGCAUGUAGUCAGUGUCCGCCCAAUGCAGUUAGUAGGCAACCUGUUGGUGGAAGUCAAUAUUCUGGAAACAUCGGGGAUUACAUUCCUAGAGGUUCUUCCUCUUCAAAAGAAGCAGAAGAGUAAGAAUACUGAUGGAACAGCCCUCCCACCUUCCACAGUUAUCAAUCAGACAGAGAACUUUGCCAACAUUACAUUUAAACCCAAUGUAUUCCAGCAGGCAAAGAUCAUUCAAAAUGGAAUUCUGGGUGAUUUUGUCAUUCGCUAUGAUGUAAGAAGAGAGCUCAGUGUUGGAGACAUUCAGGUAUUAAAUGGAUACUUUGUGCAUUACUUUGCACCCACAGAUCUGCCUCCACUCCCAAAGAAUGUGGUUUUUGUGAUUGAUACGAGCGCCUCUAUGGUAGGAACUAAAAUUAGACAGACUAAAGAAGCUUUAUUUACUAUUUUUCGGGACCUGAGGCCUGAAGAUCAUUUUAAUAUAAUAGGAUUUUCCAAUAAAAUCAAAGUUUGGCAGCCAAAUAAGCUUGUAAAUGUAUCUCCUAACAAUAUCCGAGAUGCGAAAAAGUUUGUUUUCGGCUUCUCACCUACAGGAGGUACAAAUAUAAAUGGUGGUAUCCAGAUGGCAUCAGGUCUCCUGAAUGAUUACCUUGCUAAUAAUGGCAAACAUGAGAAGAGCGUCUCUCUGAUAAUAUUCCUGACUGAUGGGCAACCGACUGUUGGGGAGACUGAAUCUAGCCGAAUCCUAGAGAAUACUAAAAAUUCCAUUCGAGAAAAGUUCUGUCUUUUCAGCAUUGGAAUUGGCAAUGAUGUGGAUUCCUAUCUUUUAGAAAAACUGUCUUUAGAAAAUUGUGGGAUGAUGCGUUGGAUCAGUGAAGAUGAGGAUGCUGCGCUUCAACUUAAAGGGUUUUAUGAUGAGAUUGGCACACCUCUGUUGUCUGACAUCCGCAUUAACUAUCCAGAAGACAGUGUUGAGUACAUCACACAGAACAUGUUCUAUAACUACUUUAAUGGCUCAGAAAUUGUGGUGGCUGGAAAACUUGUCAACCAAUCCAGUGAUACUCUGCAUGUGGAAAUCAAAGCAAGCAACAGCAAUAAAUAUGUUAUCCUAGAAGCUGAUCUGAAGCUUGACGGUGUUGGCCAAAAUGACAUUACAGGAUAUGAGAUUCAGGACAGUACCAUAUACAGGAACCAUAUAGAACGGCUGUGGGGUUAUCUUACAUUUAAGGAACUCCUGACAGCAUGGCAUAAAAGUGACAUUGAUGUUGAAAAAGAGGCAAUAACACAAAAGGCCAGCAAACUUGCUAUGAAGUAUAACUUUGUGACUCCAUUUACACUGCUGGAGGUCAAAGAAUAUGGCUUUCAGGCAGAUGUUCCCAAAGAUGAGUCCACCAGCCUUUAUACAGAGGGGAUUGGUCAGAAACUACUUACACUGCAAGGAAAAAAAGUAACUCAAGGAAUUCCAUCUACACUAACAAGCGAGAACAAACCACCCAUCUCCAAAACAUCAGCGGAUGGCGAUCCCCAUUUUGUUGUUGACUUCCCAUUGAGUAAGUUGACCGUGUGCUUCAACAUUGAUGGUGAACCUGGUGACAUACUGAGGCUUGUGUCAGACCACAAACACUCUGGCAUUACUGUAAAUGGAGAGUUGAUUGGAGCUCCAGCCCCACCCAAUGGUCAUAAGAAACAAAGGACCUACUUCAGCAGAAUCACCAUCAUUAUUAAUAAACCAAGGCGCACUUAUAUAGAAGUUACUCCUUCCAAGGUCAUCCUGGAUAGUAAAGAUCGUCUCAUUCUCACAUGUGACAAGAGUGCAACGGUGAAGAACGAUGACCUAAUGGUCUCCAUUGCUGCUAAAUCAAAUGUCACCAUAACCAUCCAGGGGACCAUCAGCUUUGUCAUUCUGGUACAUCGCUACAAAAAUCCAGCUUCGUAUCAAAGAAAUCACUUGGGAUUUUACAUUGCUAACAGCAAGGGUUUGUCUACUAAUUCUCAUGGACUUUUAGGUCAGUUCUUAUAUAAUGAAGUUAAAGUCACCAAUGUGACAAUAAGCUCCAAAGGCCAAGCCACAGCACAGUCUUUGAACAUUGUCAGUAUGCUGAAGGUGAGAAAUCGCUCAGUCUCUGUGGUUAGAAAGCAAAGGAAGUUGUAUAAUGGCCUUCACCAGGUCAACUGCUGGUUUGCAAAAAAUAAUGCUGAAAAACUAAUUGACGGAAUAUAUCGGGAUUAUCUGGUGUCUCAUCCUUUCGACUGUGGGAGUGAUUUAAUAACAAAUGAAAUUUAAAGCAGAGAUCAUCAUGGACAAUCUCUGCUGUAUUCUGCAAGAUCUGUGGACUAGAAGAUGUCAAAUGACUAGAAGAUGUUAUUUUCUUCAAUAUGGAUCCAUCGUAAACAGUGGGUCUAUACAUUAGUAUUUAUGGGUUACAGAAGUUCUGUGACUUGCUUGCACAAAGUUUUCCUUGAGAAAAAUAAAAAAUGGACCAAAGCAUGUGUUUGCUAUGUAGUCAACAUGAUACUCAAGCUCAUCACUGCAAAAAUAGGUGUUAAAGGCAAUUUUUUUUUCUAACUAUAUUCCUAUGAUGUAUUGUAAGUACUGUACCUGUAUAUAAUGAAAGGCUGCAUUGUUUGAGUAGUUUACAAGGUGGUUUUUUUUUUGGUAGUCACUUUAUUUUAUUUAUUAAUUUUGGAUUCAGAUAUAUUUUGUUGAAUGAUCCACAUUUUAGUCAGUCAAUGUAUAAACAACUUAUCUCCUAACAUAUAAAACAGAAUUCAACAGCAUUUAUACAAGAAUAUAUCUUACAUAGUCCCUGAGAUAUUUUUGAAAACUGGAGUAACCUGUAUACAUGGAGACCACUUUAGACCACAUCAGUUUGACCCAAUGCAAAGAUUCAGUCAGAAAAUGGACUAUUUCAACAGGGAUCAGGAUUUCUAUACAUUUCAGAGAGAUCACAGAACUGGUUUGGAAAGGUCUAGAACUGUAUUAUUAACAAUUUUUAGCCACAUGAUUUUUGGUGAGAAUAAUAUAAAUUUCGGGGGCUUGUUUUUUACAGGAAGAUUUUUGCCAUUUUGCCAUUGUUUUUAGGGGUUUAUUUCUAUGGCUGUACAGUACACAGUGCUUUGCUACACUUUUUUUUUUCUUACUUAAAUGACUUUUUGUACAUUUUAAAGUCCAUUGACUUGUUUAAGGGCUUGUUUUAUGAUAGGAUUUUUUUUUUAAAAAUUGAUAUAAUUUUAGGAUAUAUAUGACUUGAUCCCUUUUUAUUCCAUUCGAAAAUAUACAACAGCCAUUGUAUAUUUUUUUCUUCUGUAUUCACCAUGCUGGUUAAAUUAAAAAUUUUAAAAGAUUGGGCUUUUUCUCAUUUUUUUUUUUACUUUUUUUUUUUUAGUUCCCUUUAGAGCACCUGAACCAGAUCAGUUGUACUGAGGUCUAUUAGAGUAUUACCAUUGCCGACCUGUCACUACGCCCCCCCACUUGUCAUUCACUUGGCAACCACUUGGCAUUCUACGAUAGCCUUACAGGAACAUUGAUCAAGGCAUAUAAGGUGCCCAUCCCCAUGCAUUUACCUUUAUAAGAACACAAGUUAUUUACAUCUCAAUGGGUGUACAAUUUCUUUUAUAAAGCUGAUCCAAUAACCACAGUUACACAAACUUAAUCUACAGGACAAAACGCAAAACAACAGCCCAGACAAGCUAUUAAAUAAUGUUUUGUAUCUUUAGGUAUUAGAAAAUAAACAAGGUGGGUGAUCAUAAUCUAAGUGUGGGGAUUUCUUAAUGUUUGCCAGGCAUUGUAGAAAAGCAAUGGAUAUAUAUAUAUAUAUAUAUAUAUAUAUAUAUAUAUAUAUAUAUAUAUCCAUAUGCCUCUAUAUCCAGUCUCUGCCGUCUGGAAUUGUAAAUAGUAAAGCAUACUGAGCACUAAAUGAAGCAAUCUUCUCUUAUAGGUGUAUAGGUAAUUUUUGAAAGGCACUGUAACAAAUAUAAACCUGAUGUAUGCACUAUGAAUAGAUUUGUAUGUACAGAUAUUGGUGACCGUGUGGGAAGACUCUGAGCUUUAAAAAACUAUUACAUUAUAAAGAUGUUUUAUGUACAUUGUUACAGGUACAUCAGCAAUAAAUCCUUUCAAGUUGUACUUUUAUUGUGGUUGAUGUCAGAUUGAGAAGCAAAUAUUCAGGGCAUAUGUUUAUGGACCCCGUGAAUGUGCUGCAAAAUAACAUGUCUAGAAUAAAAGGUCUUACUACUUGUAUAUAAGUAUAUGUUGAUCACAUCAUUGCAAAGGCUUACUAACACGUGCAUAUUCUGUAUCAAGCUUCUAUAAGCUGAUGCACAUUUCCAUUUACACAGCCAACCUAAUGUCUACACGAUAGGUAAAUCCUCACCUGUGGUCUGCUGUGACAGGGAGGGAUUUUUCUGACCUAAAAGAACUAUCCUUUCACAAGAUACCCUGAUAACUUGAGAUGGCUUGGGAUUUCUGCGUUUAAAGCACAGUAAACCUUGUGGUUCUCCUUAAA